GGUAGACCGGGCGGGUCAGACGAGGAAGAGAAGAGUCAGCCAAUGACCAGCCGCCUAGAAAGGAGGAGGCGGGAUCUCAGGGAAAAAUUGGCGUGGGGCCAGCCAAUACCGUGAAGCCGCGGUUGUUGCUCCACGUCGGCAUCGGGGCGACCAAGAUGGAGGCGGUGAUCCUGGAGCCAUCUCUCUACACAGUAAAAGCCAUUCUUAUCUUGGACAAUGAUGGAGAUCGUCUCUUUGCCAAGUAUUAUGAUGACACCUACCCCACUGUCAAGGAACAGAAGGCCUUUGAGAAGAACAUUUUCAACAAGACCCACCGGACAGAUAGUGAGAUUGCUCUCCUAGAAGGACUGACAGUCGUGUACAAGAGCAGCAUUGACUUGUAUUUCUACGUCAUUGGCAGCUCCCAUGAGAAUGAGCUAAUGCUAAUGGCUGUGCUCAACUGCCUCUUCGACUCUCUCAGCCAGAUGUUGCGGAAGAAUGUGGAGAAACGAGCGCUGAUGGAGAACAUGGAAGGGCUUUUCCUGGCAGUGGAUGAGAUUGUGGAUGGGGGUGUGAUUCUUGAGAGUGACCCCCAGCAGGUGCUACACAGAGUUGCUGUGCGGGGUGAGGAUGUCCCUCUUACAGAGCAGACAGUUUCACAGGUGCUGCAAUCAGCAAAGGAACAGAUCAAGUGGUCACUAUUGCGAUGAAGAGCAAUGGGGAACCUGUCCCACUGACCUACUGUGUAUCCAAUCCCUCUCCCGUCCUGUCUGUCUCGCACUGACCAAAAUACAACAUUACCACAGUUUUUGAUGUA